AUGUUAUUGGUUAUUCUCCCCACUGGAAGCCUUCGAUGCCCAUUGCAGUCUCAGGCGCUCCUCUUUCUUGAUUUCAUAGAUGGUCAUUCCACCGCUUCUUCCGAUCAGAUUCUCGAACUCAUUUCCGCUUUCAACAACUUCACUAACAUCGGCUUGCGGCAUAUGGAGUUUGUAGCCAGUGUUUUCAGAUCGUGUUUUUCGAUCAGCUUGGCUUUGCUGGUGUCGCCGGAGCAUAAGCACCGUCAGUUGGGAGAGUUUCACUAUGCACCCCAAUUGGUCGAUGAAAUGCUUGAAUCAUGGACCUCAUAAGGGAGGACAAUGAAAUAGGGGACCCGAAAGAUGAAGCCAUUUGAAGAUAUUCAAAUUGUAACGUGCUUUUUAAAGUUUAGUUAUCCAAAUAUGAGUUCUUGGUAAAUUUAUUGAUUGGUAUAGUUUACUAUAUGAGAAUUGAAGUGAUAGCAACAAAGGCUACUUUAAUUUUGCUUCUGUGAAUUGAUUUAGGUUAGUAAUGGUUUUGAAUAGGCAGC